GCUGUUUUGCAAAAAGUUAUUGGAACGUUUGUGUUUUCUUUGCAGAAAAUCACAGGAAUACUUUUUUAACUUCUUGACAUUGUAGGUUGAAGGCUGAAUUUGGAGAUUAUGAAGUUGGAGGUGCCCGAAACCUUUGAUGAUGUUGCUGUUGAGUUUUCAGGAGAGGAGUGGGAAAUGCUGAGUAAACCAGAGAAAGAGCUGCACAAGGAGGUGAUGGUGCAGAACUAUGAGAACAUGAUUUCUGUAGGAUAUAAUAUCCCAGCAGAACAUCUGUUAUUACUUAUUAAUGAAACUGGGACAGUUCUACCUGAUGACUAUAAAGCAGAAGUAACAGUACAACACAAGCAGCUUGCUGAAAGCCGUAUCAACAUUUCAGUUUUAAGUUGA